AUGAAGACCAAAACAGACGCCUUGCAUGUCGAGGAUACAUCCAAAGUCGACAUUCAGACACUAUCGCUAGACUCUAUCGAACAGACCAAGUCUGGAUACUACAUCUGGCUAGUUUCUAUCGCAGUGGGCGUGGGCGGUUUCUUAUUCGGCUACGACACUGGUAUCAUAUCUGCUGUUCUUGUAGUCCUUAACGAAGACCUCGGCCAUGCGCUCAGCUCCAACGAGAAAGAACUCAUCACCUCCCUGACCUCGGGCGGAGCCUUUUUCGGGGCCCUCGCCGCGGGCUGUUCGGCCGACAAGUACGGCAGAAAGAUAGGUAUUUUCCUGGGCUGCAUUGUGUUCGUCAUCGGAGCCGUUCUACAAGCAUGUGCCUUCAGCCUGGCGCAGAUGGCGGUCGGGCGGUUUGUCAUUGGCAUCGGAGUGGGCUCAGCAGCCAUGAUUAUUCCCUUGUACAUCGCAGAGGUCUCUCCUGCCAAAUAUCGUGGCCGCAUGAUCGGCCUCGAUAACAUGUCUAUCACUGGCGGACAGUUAGUAGCCUACGGCGUUGGCGCAGGGCUGGCGGAGGUAUCCCAUGGCUGGCGAUACAUGGUUGGCCUGGGAGCUGUGCCGGCCCUUGUUUUGGCAGUUUGCCUUCACUUCUGCCCCGAGUCGCCGCGACAGUUAAUGUAUCACGGCAAGUCGGAGGAGGCAGCGCGGGUGGUGGCGAAAAUUUUCCCCAAUGGGACAGACCUGCAGGUCCAGCAGAAGAUUCAACACAUGACCAUCCACGUGGAAGAAUCAAGAGCUUUGAACGGGGAGAGUGGGUUCUGGAAGCAGCUCAAGCAACUCUAUGUCGUCCCUUCCAACUUCCGGGCCCUAGUGGCAGCCUGCGGACUGAUGGGCAUGCAGCAGUUUACAGGCUAUAACACGCUGAUGUACUAUUCCUCCACACUGUUUGGGAUUGUCGGGUUCAAGGAUCCCAUUGCGGUGGGCACUAUCAUCGCUGGGACAGGAUUUGGUUGCACGUUUGUGUAUUUCCUGAUGAUUGAUCGAUUUGGAAGGCGACUCAUUCUUCUGUCCACAAUGUGGGGCAUGGCUGUAUUCCUUGCCGUUGCUGCGAUUGGUUUCCACUGGAUCCCGGUACGCCACAACCUCUCCUUAGAAACUAACAAUAUCGGAUGGCCUGCUUACCUGGUGCUGGCUUCGAUGAUCAUUUUUGUUAUCUUCUACUCUCUGGGAAUUGGAAAUCUGGCUUGGGUUUCGAGCGAAUUCUUCCCUAUGGAGAUUCGAGCCCUGGGAACUAUGAUGAUGACUUGCACCUGCUGGGGUACCAACAUCGUUGUUGCUUCGACGUUUCUGACCCAAAUGGAAAAUACGACACCCUCGGGUGCUUUUGGAUUUUAUGCUGUCUUAUGCUUUAUUGGCUGGGUUGCUGUCUAUUUCUGGUACCCUGAGGUUAGGGGCAUGACUCUGGAAGACAUCAGAGAGGUAUUCAACCAUGGGUUUGGAGUGAAAUACGCUCGACGUGUUCAGAAAGAACUGGCACGCCAGCAAAAAGCCCAGAUCGAAUCAGAAAGUGGAUCGGCUCAAUUCUCAUGA